ACCACGCUUUGAUUCAUUGCUCCAACAAUGGCUCUGUGCAAGCUUCUCCUCCUGACCUUCCUGCUCGCCAAUGCAGCGGCCGCUAUGGUCGAAGCCCAGGCGGAGGACGCCGGGCUGAGCCUCAUGAGAGAAGCCAUGGACUGGCCUUCCUCCUUCCCCUUCGCUCCCCAGGAGGAGGCGGAGGAGUUCUACGGCGAAGGCAUCGGAGAGGACGAAGUCAGCAAGGACGCGAGGAGGUCACUCUUCUGGCACCGGAUGCGCUACUACAUCUCCUACGCCGCGCUCUCGGCCAACCGCGUCCCCUGCCCGCCCCGCUCCGGGCGGUCCUACUACACCCACAACUGCUACAGGGCCAGGGGACCCGUCCACCCUUACUCCAGGAACUGCGAGGUCAUCACCCGCUGCAGGAGGUGAUCGUGAUGCUGUUUACUGAAAGGUUUCUGCAUCUCUACAUGUGUGUCUGCUUUAAUGCCAACCCUCUCUUCUAGCUGCAUUGCUGCGACGGCAAUGUGUAUCAUCCAACUACAUAUAUGUGUGUAUGUGUCUUGGUAGAUUUGGCUGUAUGGCUCGAGGACUCUGGAACCUGAUAAAUAUGCAGUUGAUCUUUGGAGAUUAUGAAAUGGCUGUUGUUCUUAUGCUAUUUCUUACUCUUCCUGCUUGUUAGAUCUGUUAAUCUGUCAGCGCUAUUUUCCUUGAAAGUUAAUGGGAGACGGUACGGAUUCAUGUGGA